AUGCCGUCAACAACUAAAAACCCACGCACCAUCGCGGCAGAGUACAUAUCCCAACGACACUUUCACAGACGCUUUAUCCUGGCUCGAACGGCCACCCAUGGCGAGCUCCCAGUUACAUAUGCAGAUAUCGGAGCUCGUCCAGACAGCACAGCCGAAAAUGUACCUACUUUCUUGUUCAUGCCAGGCAUGUUCGGCUCGCGAUAUAUAGGCGUGUACAUACAUGCGAUCGCAAAGAAAUUAGGUGUGCGAGUGUUGAGCGUUGAUCGCCCCGGAAUGGGCGGCUCUGCAUCUGUUCCACCCGAGUCGCGAGUCGAAAUCUGGCUUGAGCUGGUGCCGCUUCUCUUGAAGCAUCUGUCCAUAGACCAUGUGUCUCUCGUAUCGCACAGCGCGGGUAUCAUCUACUUGCUGAAUACAUUGACUACUCAUCGGGAUCUUCUUGAUCCGGAACAUCCUUACGUCGCAUGUCUAGCACCCUGGGUUGACCCAGCACACUCCCACAUGACAGCUUGGCAACUCGCCCGUUACAUCCCCACAAAAGCAUUUUCCAUCUGGAACCAAAUCCCUCAAUUCUUCAUGACUAGCCCGCUCAUAUCAUCCAGCGGAGCAGUUAUAACCAGUAUGAAGGACAAACUACCCGGUGGAGACGCCGUCACAAUGUCCGAACGGAAAAGACGGCUUAUAGAGCAGGAAUACGGCUUGGAAAAAGACGUGCAGAUCGAAUUGGAGAAGCUGACGGCUAAUUUUAUAUUCAAGGAGAGUACUCUCGGCGCUAACGAGGAGGCGUUGCAGUGUCUAAGGAAGGGAGCGCCGUGGCUUGAGUGUGAUGAUUAUACAAAGUUUGCGAACAAAUUCGCUGAGAGCGAGAGAAGAAGAAGAGGAGGAGGCAGUACAGCCAAGAUAAGAAUGAGAGCGUAUUUUGCGGAAAGUGAUGUGAUGAUUGGAAAGACAGGGCAGAAAUAUUUCGAGAACUGCUUCAAGGGGUUCGAAGAUGUGCUGGAUUUUGAUAGCAAUACGGUUUUGGAGGAGAAUCACGAUAGCGUGGCUUUUUCUCCGGUGGUCUUGGGAAAGAUCUUUAAAGAGCGGAGCCAGUAUUGA